AUGGCUAGUACUGUACCAUCGACGAUUGCGAGGGGCCUCUCGUCAGGUGUGGCUAACAGAAUAAUGGCUAAAAAAUACGUACUUACCAAACACUUUGAAGGAGAGCCUAAGAAGAGCGAUUUUAUUGUCGUUGAAGAGGAACUUCCUCAAUUGAAAGAUGGAGAGAUUUUAACUGAAGCUGAAUACUUGAGUGUUGAUCCUUACAUGCGUGCAUAUAUGAUACGUUUUAAAAUGCCAGCCGACAUGAUCGGAGGACAAGUGGCUAAGGUUAUUGAAAGUCGUAGCUCUAAAGUACCAGUUGGUAGUUAUGUGACUGGUUCAUUUGGUUGGAGGUCCCAUACUGUUUAUAAUUACGAUAAUCCAAGCGCCGAUCAACAACUGCCAGUCCAUGUUUUACCCGAUUUUGGUCCGUAUCCUGUUUCACUUGCGCUAGGCCUUCUUGGGAUGCCAGGAAAUACGGCAUACUUUGGUUUAAAAGAGUUAUGCCAACCCAAAGCUGGUGAGACUCUGGUAGUGACGGGCGCGGCUGGCGCUGUUGGUUCUCACGUGGGACAGAUUGGGAAGAUUUUGGGUUGCCGUGUCAUUGGAUUCGCGGGCUCUGACGAGAAAUGUCAAUAUUUAAAGAAGGAAUUGGGUUUUGAUUACGCGUUCAAUUACAAGACAGCCAACAUAAGGUCGGCCUUAAAGGAAGCAGCUCCAAAUCGUGUCGAUUGCUACUUUGAUAAUGUGGGAGGUGAAAUCAGUUCUAUAAUAAUGAGCCAUAUGAAUAAAUAUGGUAGAGUGGCUGUCUGUGGUUCUAUUUCGUCCUACAAUGAUACAACUUUGCCUAAGGUUUCAAUAGUCCAGCCUUCAAUCGUUUUUAACGAACUUAAGCUCGAAGGAUUUAUAGUUAGUCGUUGGGCUAACAGAUGGCAAGAAGGUAUUAUGGCCAAUCUGAAUUGGUUGAAGGAAGGUAAAUUGAAAUAUCAAGAGAAGGUUUACCAUGGAUUUGACAACAUGGUGGAUGCCUUCGUGGGUAUGUUAAGAGGAGAGAAUACAGGGAAAGCAGUUGUGAAGGCCAAGUGA